UUGGUCCAAUCAAAUUAGACCACGAAAAAAUACGAAGGAAAGAUGAACUAAAGUUAAAAGCUAUGUCAUAAAUAGUUUUAGUGUUAUAAAUUCAGAAUUGCUUUAAUUAUUUGUGAUUACUAAAUACAUAUACAGAAAAUAAUGGACAGCCUUGUGAAUAUCAACUGGAACAAAGUCACGCCAUGUCUAGUUUUAUUAUUGUUAGACUUAGUAUUAGAAUUUUCAGAGUGCACGACACAGGCUGAAGUAAACAAACAUUUGGAACUAGGACGAGAUUUCUUAAGUCGUGGUCAACUUUCAGACGCGUUAACACAUUAUCAUGCAGCUGUUGAGGGGGACCCACACAAUUACCUCACAUAUUUUAAAAGAGGCACAGUCUAUUAUGCGCUUGGCAAAGCGAAAUUUGCAUUACAAGACUUUAGUAAGGUAUUAGAUCUAAAGCCUGAUUUCACAACAGCCAGAGUGCAUAGGGCACAAGUGUACCUCAAACUAGCCGAAUACAUGCAUGCCAAAGAUGAUUUCCUUCAAGUGACAUAUGAAGACCCGUAUAACUCAGAGGCACUCACAUACUUCCAUCGUACUGAUGAGUUGAGCGAAGAGCUUCGAUUGGCAGAGGCCUAUUAUCGGGGUGGUGACUUCCGGAGUGCAGCUGAACUGGCCACUAGACUGUUAGAAGUGUCUCCAUGGUCCGCAACCCUCAGGCAGCUCCGGGCCGAGUGCUAUAUUGCUAUGAAUGACCUGUUCUCGGCGGUUUCUGACAUCCGGUCAGUGAAUCGUCUUCAGCAAGAUUCCACUGCUGGUUAUCAUCGCUUAGCCUCGCUACUUUAUCAACUGGGGCAUGUUAGCGACGCACUAAAGGAAGUGCGCGAAUGUUUAAAACUUGAUCCAGAACACAAACAAUGUUUUCCAUUGUAUAAAAAGUUGAAGAAAAUAGACAAAUUACUACUGAGGUGCGAGGAAAGCAGUGAGGCGCGUCAGUAUAGCGAUUGUAUAGACUCGGCUAAGAGUGUGUUGGCCGCUGAAAAGGAAGUCACGCUUGUUGUCUAUGAAGGAAGGAAAUGGUUAUGCUCCUGUCUUGUUAAGGACGAACAGUGGACUGAUGCGUUGAAAGAAUGUAACAGUGCGUUGGAAAUCCAAAAGGAAGGGAGUGUGUUGUGUGACAAAGGAGAUGCCUUGAUCGGGCUUGAUAUGUUUGAUGAUGCGAUACGAUCGUACAAGGAAGCGUUGGAUAUGAACGAGGGUCUGCAACGCGCGAAAGACGGAUUGGGUCGGGCGCAGAAACUGCAAAAACAAUCCGAGCAACGGGAUUAUUACAAGAUAUUAAGUGUUAAAAGGUCGGCGACCAAACAGGAGAUCACUAAGGCAUAUCGUAAAGCGGCACAGAAAUGGCAUCCAGACAACUUCCAAGGGGACGAGAAGAAGGUCGCAGAGAAGAAGUUCAUUGAUAUAGCUGCUGCUAAGGAGGUCUUAACAGACCCCGAGAAGCGGGCACAAUUUGACAGCGGGGUGGACCCCUUAGACCCUGAAGGGGGCAGACAACCUUUCGGGAACAACCCCUUCAAUCACUUCCAACAUGGAUCGCCCUUCCAGUUCAAGUUCCACUUCAACUAAGCCAUACUCCGUGAGAUAUAAUUAUACAUCUGAGAUUCAUACUCCAUUUUAACCACUUCUAUGAAAGCUUUUCCUAACCUGUACUUUGACAUUUCAUCAUAAUCGGUUCAUUAGUUUUCGAGAUAUUCACGCAUUUCUCAGAGGACAUGUAAAGUAGGUGAAUCAUGUUGCUAUUGAAGUGAGGUAAAAUUUGUUUUUAUAAUUAGUUUAACAAUUUUUUUGCAUUAUUAACAGUUCAUUUAUAAUUUGUAUUUCUUUGAAUUAUAUAUAACAUUUUGUGUGUUAUGAGUAUAAAUUCUGUUAUAGAAUGCACGUAUGCAUCCUAGAAAUGGAAUUUGUGAAAAGGGUUGCCAAUAAUAAAAAAGACUAAACUACUGUCAACCAUAUUGUAAAUAUUUCGAAUCAUGUUUUAUACAAGAAUUGAAUGAAUGUCAUUGUCAUUAUCAGCAAAUAUGUCAACUGUCACCUAAGAUCGCGACAGUGUCCCUGUGACAGUUGACAUUUUGAACUCCCUUUACGGCUUUAUUUUUAUUAGAUGUUAUUUAAUAAAAUAAUAGAUUGUUUUCUCAGUUUAUUCAGUUGAGACUUGUUUUUUUUUUAAUUUUAUAGAGUACACUAUAAUAUUAUAUAACAUUAUGAUAAUAUAAAUACACCAACCGCAUUUGAACGCGACAAAAAUUUAAUAUUUUAUGGAAGUGAUUUCUUUGCCGUGCUUAUAAUGUGGUUUAAUCAGUUAAAAGUGUAUUUAUUUAUUAUUCAAACUAUUAUUUCUAAAAUCUAGUCGAAAAAUCGAAAAGUUUUACACGCCCCCAUAUAGUAAAAUUUAUUUAUUCAUCACAUACGCUUAACCAGGUUCCAAAAUAACAAUAUUUCCAAGUACAAGCAUAUUUAAGCUUAAAUAAGAUUCGCUAGAUCCUUGUUGAAAUUAAAUUGUAAAUAGGUAUAAUGACAAGUUUUUGACAAAUAACGUUUAAAACAUUUACAAUAAUAAUAAAAAAUGUUUUAUAUAAAUCAAUUAUAGUUUAUAAUAAAAGUCAAUUUCCUUAGCUGCUAUCUGUGACUAUAGACUCUACUGUAGUCUAUACUCUAUGGGGUGACCAAUGACAACUAACUGUUGUGUUAUCAAAUUCAUUAUUCACAUUGGAAACAGUAUUAAAACUUGUCAUUAUCCCUAUUUUAUACUAACAAUUUUUUAUAUGGCCAGUUAUGUUAGUUAUGGUCAAGGCAAGGAAAUUAAAGAAUACAAUGGCCCCACACAAAUAUGCUUCAAAAACAUUGGUUUUAAUAUGUAUUUUAAAUGAUCAAAACUAUUAACAGUUUAUGUAAUUUUGUGAAUAUUAAUUAAGGUGUACAGCCAUUUAUUUGUAUGAAAAAUCACAUAAGUUUUCUGACCCAUUAAAUAAAUAUGCAUUUUAGAAUUUAGUCUAGCUUAUGGGCAUUCUUUUUAAGACGCGAGAUCUUGACAGUUUUAUACAAAUUGUAUAAUUGUUUUUUGUAUCACGUUCUUGUUCGGCGAGCUGUAGCACCUAGUCGUUUUUGAUUGCCAAGAAAAGUCAUAAAAAUCAUUAUUUUAUUUAGCCUUUUUUUCAGUACCGAUGCAAAAGACGAACGUAAACGUUAUUGGAGAUCAUAUUAUAUUAACUUUGAUUAAACAAUAAGGACUAAAACAAUAAUGUUUUGGUCCUUCGAGAACGGAGGGGGAGAGAUUGGACAACGAUUUACAAUAAUCCCCCCUGAUAACGCGUUUCCGUCCCCUAUAAAACGUGGAAAUUUCUCAAUUUUAUUUGCUGUAAUUUGAAAUGUAUAAUUUGUUAAGUCCAUAAAAUACUUUUGCGUACCUUUACAUUUGUAUUCGUACGUUGUUUCAAUUGGGUUUAAAAAUAAACUCAAUUAAGUUUAACUCCUGUUCCUACUUUUGAAUUGUCAAAAAAAUAAAUUUUACGAGAAUACUCCCACAAGGCGAUUUCCUAGAACGCAGUCUGGAUCUACCGCGGGGUAACUUUAGUGGUGCGUUACGUCUGAUUCUGAUUGGUCAAAUGUCGGGUAUUUUGUACAAAUUCUGUUGACCAAUCAUAAUUAAACGUUAGUUAGUUUUUCAAUUUUCGUUUAUCUAAACCGUGGGGCCAUAAUAUUAGUUUGUAUUUUUCCUAAACUUUGCCACUCUGAACUCGGAAUGUUAUGUGACGUGAUUUUGACCGCGUCCGAACUGUCGACAACAUUAUUUAUUUUGUUGUGAGUCUUAAGUUAUUGUAAAUAUUUAGAAAUAUAAGUGAUUAUGAGAUA